UUUUUUUUUUGAAAAAUGAAGAAACCGAAGUCUAUAGAAAAUCUCAUCUCAGUAUAGUGGUUAGAGAGUAAGAUAAUAAAUAUUUUAACCAACUACACGAAACAUUCUUAUCGAAAUAUGGUCUUUCAUCCUAGCGUUUGUUGCAAAUGAUGUCCCUGUUGGGAAGUACAAAUAAAAAGGAAGAUAUAUUAAAAAGACAAAAAGAAGAUGGUGUUUAUGACAUAAGCAAGGCCCCCUGAAAGUUUUUUUUUUCUCGAUGCUCAUCUUUUAAAAUCAAAUGGUAGACGGAUUUGAAUUAUUUCGAAGAGACGCUAUGUCCAGCUAAAUCUGAUUUAUAUGAGAAAAUAGAACAUCACUGCUUCUCACCUUCUUGGCAAAAGAAUCUGUACGCAAGUUCCUACAUGACCUGGGUAUGCGAGUGAUGCUGAAAUCUGAAAAAUCGGUUUGUAGAAGUCGAAAUGAGACUAGCUUGGAAGUUAACGCUGGCCAGUCGUUGGGGUUAGCAAUCAUGUCCACCAGGUCGGAACAAUUCAUCUCCAUAUGUAUUGUGGUGCAAUGUAAUUCAUCUAAACGUAAACAUGACAUCGCCUUUAUGAAUUCUUCCAUCUCAGCAUGAAGAGUUGAUAGACUUUUACGGCACCCUUGAAGUCCAAAUCUUUCGACUCCCAUUCGAUCCUUAUAGAAGCAUCCUAGUCCACUGACCUUGCCAUUGCAUUUGUAUUGUGUGGUACCAUUGCCAAACCAGUUUCCCGAGAGGAGUCCGAACUCUCAUCUUCUCAGUUAAUUCGUGAAGUGGAUGGGAUAUUCAUUGUCUAGAAAAAGAAUUUUACCAGAGAAACUGAUAUUAUGUUUGGAACCAUUCUUACAAGCAAACAACAAGCUCAUCAACGUAGACAACAAUGUCUGAUACAAUAUAUCUAUAUAUCUUUGUCUCUUACUUUAAAAUUUAAUAUUUAAAGUCAUCGAACUCAAGAAUCUAUUUGUUUAUUCUUUUUAUUUUGACUAAACUAUAUGUUUAUUCUUAUUUGUCUAUUUAUACCUUAUCAUUUACAUAGUUUAUGUAUAUCAGGAUUUUGUCAGGGUCGGAAUAUCUAGUUGUUUAUAUAAAUCUGAUUAACUCCCUCUUCGUCAACUAACAUGUUGUUGUCACUAAAAUGGGAACUAUACACAAACAAAUUCGUGCUUUCCUUUAACUACGUAUACUGACCAUGUUUUGUGUAUAAAUAAACCACGUAAUUUGCAUACAAUAGCCUAAAGUAUAGUUUGUGGCUUAUACGUACGAACAUGGCUAAAUGUUUUCUACCUCUUAUUCCUUUAUUCUUGAUUGUUCUUCUUCUUGCCGUCGCCGUUUCAGAAUCCAAAGCAUACUCAACAACAACGCCGUUCGAAGGACAUAAGCCGGAGAAACUCACCCACCUCCACUUUUACUUCCAUGACGUAAUCACCGGCGACAAACCAACUGCCAUAAGAGUCGCUGCCCCCCCUGGAGCAAACUCCUCCGCAGUCUCAUUUGGUGUGGUUAUGAUCGCCGACGACCCGUUGACAGAGGGACCAGACCCGAGCUCGAAGGAAGUCGGGAGAGCUCAGGGGAUGUAUGUUUCGACGGACAUGAACAUGUUAAGCUUCACAAUGGUCUUUAACUUGGUGUUCACGGAAGGAGAGUUUAACGGGAGCACCAUAGCUAUGUAUGGACGGAAUCCGAUAAUGUCGAAGGUGAGGGAGAUGCCGAUCAUCGGAGGCACCGGGGUGUUCAGGUUUGCUAGAGGCUACGCACAAGCCAGAACUUAUAAACUUGUUGGUUUAAAUGCCGUGGUUGAAUACAAUGUAUUCAUUUGGCAUUAAUUAUAUAUAUGGGAUUUUGUUUAUGUGAUUCGAGAAUGAAUUGUUUCACUUUUGUUUGUUGUGGUUGUGUCGUUGGUGUUGUCGUGUGUAAAUUGUAAUUUGGUGAGUUAUAUUGAAAUGGCUAGCUCUGUCUAUAUGCACAUUAAUAUUGUAUUCCAAAUCUUGUACGAGUGACUGCAAUCGCAUGUUUUGGCCACACAUAGGUAAGUACCGUUACUUUUCGUAAGAACGAAAGAACACAGAAACACAAAAUACUAAUGAACAAGAUUCUCCGAAUAACGGUUGUGUUUUAUUAGAAAUCUCUUAAACAAAUUACACUUUUUGUUUAAUCAGAUUUACUCGACUUCACACUUGUGAAUCGACACUGAGCAAUUUCUAACCUAUCCAACCUUAAUCUAACAAUCAAGUUCCCCGACUUGUUCAACACCCAAAACCUUGUUCAACUUUGACACAUCACUGUUUUCUCUCUGCAAUCCUAAAACGUUGAAGACAAACUCUCAAAGCUUGAUACCUUUAACCUCUCAACCCAAUCUUCGUUUUAAUCUUGAUAAGUCUAAAUCUUUUGAUUCAUCCUUAUCUUUAAGGUUUACAAUCAUUAUCUUUUGCCAAAUCGUAAUUAAUAUCUCCAACCAAUAAGAUGAUGCCACGUCAUAACACUUUAUGACUUGUGCAACCACGAAGCAACGUCGAACACAUUUAUUCGCAGACUCCUAGUCUCAGCAAUCUCCCCCUUUUUCACUGAGUUUUACAACUCAAGCUUACUAGCUAACAAUUGCAAGAAACUCCCCCUUGACUAAGUAUCAUCAAACUGAAACAACUCUUCAUUCUCUCCCUGCUUGAGCGACAAAACUCUUUGAAAAUCUCCAUAACAUAUAAUCCCUUUGUUACAUCUCUUAGAACCCCAUCCUCCUCAUGCCAAGCAUAAAGCAUUGGUCCUGUUGACAUUUGUGCAUCCCAAUUUUUCUGAACAUGCUACUUUGCACAUAAGCUCUUGAACACUGUUAGGCUCCUUACAUUUGGAAUACAAAUCUGAUUUUGCAAUCCAUACCUUACAAUAGCUUUUUGGCUCAACAUAACAUUUGUUUUCAUUCCAAGCCUUCUUGAUAUUGUUGAUUCGUUCAUAACAAAAUCGAUGAGUAUGUCCAUGUCUCCCACAAGAAUAACAUCCAUGGUUGAGACUAUGUUCUCCUGCCUUCCUUGACUUAGUCUUGCUUUCCAAAGCAUCACAGUAUUUUUGCAUGUGUCCAUGUUUCCCACAGGAGUAACAUCCAUGUUUGACCUUCUGAUUUUUCUGUUCAACAAGUAUUUUCCGGCUUGAACAGGUUUGAUGUGAUUCAAUCUCCUUUGGUUUAUUAUCACGAACUGGUUCAGCACGAACAGAAUUAAUCAGACCUGUUUGAUUUGAUACACUAUUUGUGGAGCUUAACACACGAUAUUCCUUGUAUCCUAGACCCCAAUUCUAUUUUGCAGGCUGUCUCAUGGCAAGAAGAGUAUCUAAAUCCUUUGUUCCUUUGCUCAACAUCCUGAUCUUUUUGUGAUUUUCAUUAAAAUUAUGCUCAAGACUUCUGCUUUUCUCUUUUUCUUCUGACAAAAGAUCUGAUAAUCUAUUUAUCUUUGAUUCCAAUACAGAUGAAUUUUCCUGUUUAUCUUCUGUCUGCUUGUGCAACCCGUUAUCCUUCGUUGAACAUGUUGACAUCUCCAACAUCAGUGUUGUAGGCUUUUCCAUCUCCAUUAUAUUAAUAUGAGCUUCUAGUAGCGUCUUGUUUUUGAGCAGGUUCAGAUUCUCUUUGCUCAAUUCAACCCAACUAUCAUAGAGCUUACGAUAUUCAGCCUUCAUAUCUAUCUCUCCAUCACUAUCUGAAUCAGAAUCCAUCUCUAGU